CACUGAAUCGAUUGCUAAAUCAGCUGUAGUCGGCAUUUUGUCUCUUCGUGGAAUAGGAAGUUUUAAGUGAAAUUAACUAUGAAAGUUCUUUUUUAUUGGUUGAUUUUACAGUUUAUUUGUUUAGACAUCCUAGAUAGCACAGUUAUAGAUGAAAAUGGUUACAUUUUGUAUUGUCCGUGCAUGGGUCGUUUUGGAAACCAGGCCGAUCACUUCCUCGGAGCGCUAGGAUUCGCUCACGGUUUAAACCGAACCUUGGUUCUGCCCCCGUGGGUUGAGUACCGGAAGGGGGAAGCCAAAUCGGUACAGGUUCCGUUCGAUAGCUACUUUAAAGUGGAUCCCCUGAACGAAUUCACCAAAGUGAUAACGAUGGAAAGUUUUAUGGAAAACUUGGCACCCACCCUUUGGCCGCCGGAGGAACGGACUUCGUUUUGCUACAUGGAACGGAUGGGUCUGAACGGUGAGACGGGUGGAGGAUGUAACGCCAAGAGUGGAAAUCCAUUUGGACCGUUUUGGGAUACCUUUCAGGUUGACUUUGUGAAAUCGGAGUUUUUUGGGCCGAAGCUGAAUUACGAUGUGUAUCACCAUGAUAUGGCUCGGAAGUGGAACGUUAAAUACCCAGCGGAUAAGUGGCCAGUGAUAGCCUUCACGGGAGCUCCAGCUAGCUUCCCCAUUCAAAUCGAAAAUUGUGGUUUGCAAAAAUAUUUAAAGUGGUCGGUUAGAAUUGAAGAGGCCGCACGUGAUUUUAUCAAAAAAUCGUUACCCAAGGGAGCGUUCAUGGGAAUUCACCUGCGUAAUGGAAUCGACUGGGUGCGAGCGUGUGAUCAUGUGAAAGAUAGCCCUAACCUAUUUUCGUCGCCGCAAUGUUUGGGAUACCGAAACGAGAAAGGAUCGCUCACGUUGGACAUGUGCAUGCCCCCCAAAGAUAUCAUCGUACGACAAAUCAAGCGGCAGAUCAAAAACCACAAAGAAGCCCACAAAAACAACGAAAUCAAGUCAAUCUUUGUUGCUUCCGAUGGCAACCACAUGAUUCACGAUCUGAAUGAAGCUCUCAAACGAAUGAAUGUGGUAGCGGUGAAACUUCCCGAAAAUAAUCCACAUCUGGAUUUGGCCAUUCUCGGGAUGUCCAACCAUUUUAUCGGUAACUGUGUUUCCUCUUAUUCCGCUUUCGUAAAACGGGAACGUGACGCUAAAGGAUUCCCAUCAAGUUUUUGGGCUUUCCCAGCUGAGAAACACACAUCAAAAGGAGGUGCGAAAACAUCGACUGGGUCGUCGGGGGUUGCCCAUGAAGAGCUGUGAUCGAUCGUCGCUUGACGGAGGUGCUGACGUGGAUCGAGUCAUUCUCUGCUCAGCACAACUUCACCAGGGAUUAUCGCUGCGACUGUGACAUGAGAUCAUCAAAUGUGUGCUGUUUGAUUGUAGCAAAGUCGUCACAAAAUACCUACUCUACCUACAAUUCCAUUUGCGGGGAUUGGCCCAAGGUUUAUUGCAUUUGUGCUGUUUGUGUCAGUUUAGUUAAUUGAUGUUCGGGGUUUUUUAUUUGUCGACAAGCAUUGUGUUGAGCGUUUUUUACUGAAAUCGGUUGACCUUUUUGUUUUUUUUUCGGUAUCUGAGAACAGUAACCUAAUUUGGAAGUUAAUGAUGGCAAAAUCUGAGAGUGUGGAUAUUUCUUGAGCGCACGGUGUUUUUGGGAACCAGUAUUAUAACGUUGAGAUUGAAAACCUUGGUAGCUUGAAUAUGUUUAAAAAAAAAACAUGACAAAUUCAAUCAUUUC